AUGUCCCUCCAGACCUCCCUUUGCCAACUCCUCUCCAUCCUCCUCCCCAUCUCAAUAACAUCACUGACCUACCUCUACCUCUACCCAAUAUUCUGUGGCUGCAACUUCCCCCCCCCGGCCUCAAGCCCUUCCAGCCCUCCCGCUAUCCUAAAUACCCUCCGCCAACACAUCAACAUCCCUCUCGACCCCUCCCACUACACCCAAAUCGCACCUUUCCGUCUGCUCGUCCUAGCCGACCCCCAGCUGGAAGGGGAUACCUCCCUCCCAAACGCGAAUGACAGCCUCCUCAAUCGCCUCACCACAUACCGAGAAGCCGUCGUAUCGACAGAUACAUGGACGGACUUUCUAUCCGCAAUUCGUGGGAGCCUGCUUGACACUCUACUGGUCGAUAUCCCGUUCGCGUUUUCAGGGGCGCGCAAACGGUUAGAUCUUUUUGGAAAUGAUUUCUAUCUAGCGCAUAUAUACCGGUCGUUGCACUGGUGGACAAAGCCUACACAUGUUACUGUACUUGGUGAUCUUAUGGGAAGCCAAUGGGUGACGGAUGGUGAGUUUGAAUGGCGCGCGUGGAGGUUCUGGAACCGCGUUUUUGGCGCUGGGGUUAGGGUUGAUGAUGAGAUAACUGUUACGGGCGGUGAAGGGGUGCAUGGGAGGGAUGUGAAGGUGGAGGAAGUGUUAUUGGAUAGUGGUAGUGUACGGGCCAAUUCUGCGGUUGAAGCCUGGAAGAAUCGCAUCAUUAACGUUGCGGGGAAUCACGAUGUUGGAUAUGCGGGCGAUAUUAGCGAGGCACGCAUGGAGCGCUUCGAUAGGGUCUUUGGUCGGGCGAAUUGGGAUAUCAGGUUCCGCUAUCCGGCUGCUCGGGAUAACCUUACGACAUCGCCUCAUGGAGCUGGUACUAUUACCACCACCACCUCUGCAGCUCCUACCAGUCCCACAGAUGAACUAUCACCAUCACCCAGUUCCACCACCACCCCCUCAAUCCACCUCGUCGUACUAAACAGUCUCAUCUUGGACACCCCCGCCCUCUCCCCAUCCAUCCAAUCACACACCUACGACUUCCUCAACGACGUGAUCCAACAACGAUCCCAACCAGUCGAGGAUCGAAGCUCCUUCACGCUCCUCCUAACCCACCUCCCACUCCAUAAGCAUCAGGGAGUCUGCUUCGAUGGCCCCUUUUUCAGCUUCUACGACAAUGACGACGAAAAGCCUCCAGAGGGCCAGGGGCCGAGGUUUAAAGCUGGUGGCUUACGCGAGCAGAAUCAUCUCAGUCCACAUGCUAGUCAGAUGGGAAUAUUGCAGGGGCUGUUUGGGUUGAGCGGGGAUUCAAAUGCUCCUGCUAAGGGGAAGGGUCGGAAUGGACUGGUAUUGACUGGUCAUGAUCAUGUUGGAUGUGACGUUUUGCAUUUCGUAAAUCGAUCUGUGACACAAGACGGUGCGGAGGGGGUUCUAUCACCUGGUUGGUCUUGGGAGGCUAAAAGGUAUCCUCGUCAUAAAUCGCAUUCCUUGCCAUCAUUGGAGGAGGAGGAGGAUGAUACGCCUAGCAUUCGAGAAGUUACCCUCCGCUCAAUGAUGGGUGAAUUUGGCGGUAAUGCUGGCUUCCUAUCUCUGUGGUUUGACUCCGAUCCCUCUGUGGAGGAAUGGAGGUAUGAGAUUUCCACAUGUCGGUUGGGAGUGCAGCAUAUCUGGUGGACCAUUCAUGUUGUUGGGGCCGUCACCGCUAUUUUAGUUAUAAUUUCAGGGGUAUUGAGCGUUUGGGGGUGGUUGGUUAGCAGUUCCCCAGGUGGAGCUGUUACAGAAUCAACAGCAAAGGGGUGGAAGAGUGGUGGUGCGGGUUUGAAGAAGACGUCUCGCGGUGUGAAAGCCCCCCCCCCCCCCCGAUAG